UCGCUAAAAUAUCUCUAUACGCUACACAGUUGAAGCAGUUCGCUGUUUCUCCCCAUAAAUUGAACUAGAUUUGACACUUUCGCAUAACGUAUGAAUAUUAACAAACAUUAGUUAUGAUUUCAUAGAACAGCCGUCAACAUCCUGACUGCAGGUUUUAUUUUGUCUUUAGCAGCCGUGUGAUCUUUCAAAUGCUCGUUUACAGAUUUCAUCUAUGUCAUUUCUGAGGGUGAACUCUUGUCUCCCUGCGAGCAGCCGUCACAAGAAAAAUCAAGAGCUAGAAGUGAUGGUUCGUUACGAGGAGAGAGCACCGGAGGAGGAGCGUCGCGUGCCGGGCGCGGCGCCAGCGUAAACAACGCGACGCUACUGGGCGCUUGCUGGCGGUCCCGGUGGGGGCAGUUGUAUCGCCGACGGUCCCUGCCGCUGCGGCGGCCACGUCAGUUGUGGCGCGCACGCUGCCGACGCAGGACGCCGACCACGUGCGAGCCAGAACCGGCGGCGGGACACAGCAAGGUGAAAUGCCUGAAACAUCAAAUGAAUCGUCCUCGCCUUUGAUUGGAGUGAUAAAUGAAGGCACUGAUACUGCAAGUUUUGUGGUUAUCUCCCCAGACACUGCAGAGGAAAUUGCAUAUCAUUCCAUAAAAGUUAGACAUAUAUGCCCACGCGAUGGCUGGCAAGAACAGGAUCCAAUGGAACUUAUUGGAGCUGUUAGAGAAUGUAUCAAUAAAACUAUUCUCAAAAUGGAAGCACAGAAUAUUGACAGCCGUAGGAUAGUAACAAUUGGAAUUACAAAUCAAAGGGAGACUGCUGUUCUAUGGCAUUCAGUCACAGGGCGGCCACUUUUUAAUGCAAUUGCAUGGUCAGAUAUCCGUACAGCUUCAAUAGUAGAUCAUGUUUUGGCAAGAGUUCCUGACAACAGCAAGGAUGCUUUGAUGCCAUUAUGUGGACUUCCAAUUAGCCCAUAUUUUAGCGCACUGAAAAUUAGGUGGUUGAUAGAGAAUGUACCUGGAGUGAGAAAGGCAAUUAGGGAACAAACAUGCAUGUUUGGCACAGUAGACUCCUGGAUAAUAUGGAAUUUGACUGGUGGCAGUGAAGGUGGUUUGCAUAUAACAGAUGUGACAAAUGCUUCUAGGACAAUGCUUAUGAAUAUAGAAACUCUUCAGUGGGAUCCAAUACUGUGUAGGUACCUGCAAAUUCCUAUGAACAUAUUACCUAAAAUUCACAGUUCAUCAGAAAUAUAUGGGUAUAUAACAGAAAACCCACUACGAGGAAUUCCAAUAUCAGGGAUUUUAGGGAACCAGCAGUCUGCAUUGGUUGGAGAAAUGUGUUUGAAAGAGGGAGAGGCAAAAAAUACCUAUCGGUCUGGCUGUUUCCUCAUGUACAACACUGGAACAACACGAGUGCAGUCUAGCCAUGGAUUAGUGACAACAGUUGCCUAUCAAAUGGGCAAAUCGGCUCAACCAGUUUAUGCUUUGGAAGGUUCUGUGGCAGUAGCUGGAGCAGCUGUUAAGUGGCUGAAAAACAAUAUGAAUCUAAUAAGUACGUUUGCUGAGUCAGAGAAAUUAGCCGAUGAAGUAAGGACUACUGGUGAUGUUUAUUUUGUUCCUGCUUUUUCUGGACUUUAUGCACCUUAUUGGAGAAAAGAUGCUCGUGGCCCGCUCAAGUAAACGUGAUGUCUCUUCACUGGGAGUGGCAAUUGCAGCUGGUCAGGCUGAAGGGAUUGGUGUUUGGAAGAUCUCAUAUAUCAGCCAGAGUUCACAUCCCAGUAAAAUUUUUGAACCGCAUGUGUCUGAUGAAGAACGGGACCAUAGAUACAACAAAUGGAAAAUGGCAGUUCAGAGAAGCCUAGGAUGGGUCACAACAAAGAAAUCUGUUGCAAUGACAGAUGAACGAUAUCGACUCCUUGCUUCGAUUCCAGCAAGCCUUUUCCUCAUGACAAGUAUUGGUUUGCUCGUCCUAGCCAGGGAACUUGGCAGAUGACAUCAAAGCCGACAGUUAUGCCUUUGCAGAUACUAUGAAUCUUUUAUGUAGUGCCAGUGUCUUUUUUCCCAUCUGUAGCUGUUGCAUGACAGUAAAGGUUGUUAUAAUUUUUUGUACAUUCAGCCACUAUUGUACAUAUUUGCUGUUAAAUUUUGAAAUUUUAUUUUUAUGUUUUUAAAUUAU